UCUAAGACAACAAUUUAGUUAUUUACAAAAUAAUUUUUUUUAAUUAAGUUGGAAAUAGUUUUUAUAACUUACUUUAUUAUGCAUUUUAUUUGAAAAUAUAAGGAGACACUCAUAAAUAACAAUCAGCAGAGUCUGUUCCAGAUGAUUCUUCAAGUUGUGACAUGAAAGGAGACUAAUACCGGUAGUGGGUAGCCUGUUGAUUGUUUCAUGAGCUGACAAGAGCCUCACAGUCACGUUGAGACAGACUCACUCUCAGUUCUCUCUACUGUCUGUGUUAUAUUGUUUAUCUGCAUCUGCAGUUGGUAUGAGUAGGGUGUCCGUACAAAAUGUAGGUGUUUAAAAGUGGACAAUCUUUUGUGCUCAAAUAAGUUAAAAUAUAAGUUCUAUUAAUUCCUUAAAAGUAAUUUGUAUUUAGUGAGUGUUUACAAGAAUAUUAUUUUCUUAGUACUACAUGAUAAACAUUUUUUGAAGCUUUUUGAAAAACACAAUAAAAAUACAAUAAGCUUGGCCUAUAUAAUGUUAGUGAGAUGGUCUUUUUCCAAAAGUUUAAAAAAUUGUUUAAAACAGACAAUGGAAAGUAAAAACAAAUUCAUUAAAUUCAAUAUUUUAACCUGCUAAACAAAACUAAUCACACAAUUAAGGACAAUAAGAGAUUGAGAAAUGUAACAUCUUGGAUGUUAGGUUUAUAUCCUGAAAUACCUAAAGAAUCCAAAAUUUUUGAUUUUUGUAUGAAAUAAAUUGGAAAUUUAAAGGUAGAUAAUACUAAUCAACCUGACCCCUCUGGCCUGUCUUGUUUUCCAGUCAAAACUAUGAGGAAUACAGUUCUCAGCCACAUGACCCAUCCUUUUCUUUAGAUCCAAAAAUUGUAAUAGGACACAAUACUUCAAUAGUUGAACUAGAUGAGUAUUUUAUUAAUGUUAAAGAAAAUUCGCUUUAAGCAUUAUUCUACAGAGAAAGUAAAAAAGAUAAACUUUGCAUUGAAGCGUAAACUCUUUUUAGCAGCUGAAGAUUCAUCUAGUGAUGAUGACAAUCUAGGUGAGUCAGUUUUACCAAACCUCAAAGAAAAGUUUUCUACAUCAACAAAUAAAGUUAAGAAGUUAAUGAUAUUUAGGUGUCUCUCAGAUAAAUGGGGCAUUAGAAAAAUAAUGUGGGUAUUUAAUGCACCAAAUUAUAUAGUGAGACAGGCAAAAACAUAAUAUUAUAAGAAAGGGGUAUUUUAGAAAGCCACUGUAGUCAAUUGGAAUGGAAUUAAAACAAAAAUGUCAAAACGACUCAUAUUGUGUAAGCUGAAGGAAGCUUACUUAUUGUUUAAGGAAAGAUUCUCAAAUAUUACACUAGGUUUUUCAAAAUUGGCUGAGCUGAGACAAAAACAUUCCAUACUGGCAGCCGAAAGUGGUACACCUUCAGUCUGUGUAUUCACAAUCCACCAGAACUUGAAGUUAAUGAUAGAUAAUACGAAAUUAAGAGUUUUGACAAACGGACAACUAAAUACAUAUAAACACUGAUUGGCAAAAUUUCUGUGUAAUCCACCAAACAUUAAUUGCUAUACAAGUGAAUUUACAGAAUGCCCAGGUGUUGCCCCAAUUUGAAAAAUCAUUUAAGGGGCUUUUGAAGAAAAUCUUAUACAAAAUAUCACUUUUCAUCAGUGUGUGUUUAUUGAUCGUUGCAGUUUCAAAACUUUACAGAAAUCUAAUGAUUUUAUAAAUAUUUUCUGUGAUAAACUGACCAUUUUAAUAAAGCACGAUUUUAUUGCAAAGCAGCAGUCAUUAUUCAUUAAUGACAAAAAAGAAAAUAUUAAAGAGUCUGAGUUUGCAGUAAACCUAGAUUUCUCUGAAAACUAUAUUGUCGUUCGGACGAAGCUCAAAGUUUCCACUGGGCAAGUGAUGAUGUGAUAAUAAACUAAUUUGUUAUUUAUUACAGAGAGAAUAAUAUACUUAAGCAUUUAAGUUUUGUUGUAAUUUCACCAUGUUUGGAGCAUAACACUGUUUCUGUGCAUACUUUCCAGAAAAAAAACUUGUUGAAUUCAUAACAACAAAGUUUCAAUCAGUGCCAAAAAAAAAUUAUUACUCAGAAGGAUGCGCUGCACAAUAUAAAAAUAAGAAAAACUUCAUCAACUUAUGUUAUCAUAAGCAAGACUUUGGUGUAGAGGCAGAAUAGCAUAUUUCUGCUACUGCCCAUGGAAAAGGACCAUGUGAUGGAGUUGGGGGCUCAGUGAAGAGACUUGCUGCAAGAGCAAGCCUACAACGUCCAUAUGACGACCAAAUUUUAACUCCUGUCCAACAUUAUGAAUGGUCAGUUGAAAAUUUAUCUGAAAUUAAUUUCACCUUCUCCACAUAAGAUGAGUAUGUUGAGUCUUAAGAAAUUUCUGAAUAACCGUUUCAGCCAAGCAGUAACUAUUAAGGGAACUUAGCAAUAUCAUGCUUAUAUGCCUGUAAAUUCAAGUGUAUCAAAAAUACAUGUAAAAAUAUUCUCUGAAGAUACAACAAAGAAAACAGUGACUAUCCAAAAAGCCCUGAAGUUAGUGGAUAUAUAACCACUGUAUAUGACCAAAAUUGGUGGCUGGCAUGUGUGUUGAAGAAGAAUAUGAAGAUUAACUAAAAGUGACAUUUAUGCAUCCUGCUGGUCCUUCAUCAUCAUUUUUAUAUCCAAGACAACCGGACAUAUUGGAUACCACUGACAGAUGUACUUUGUAAAGUUGAUCCCACCACUUUUACAGGAAGGAUUUAUGUAAUAACAUCUGAAGAAGCCAUAAGAACUUCACGAAUCAUGAAGUUCUGAAUAAAUUUUGCCUAAGAUAGCGAUGACUGCUGACACGGAAAAAGAGCAGACGUCUAGCUUGAAAACAAACACACAGUGUCUAAUCUGCAACAGCCGGUUGGGCGUGUCGUCGCGGAACAGCGUCGAGGUAUUCCAGGGCGAUGCGGUGGUGACGACGUCAGAGCGGCCGCUGAGCGCAUCCAUCUCCUCCGUGUUGGAGCAAGAGGUGCACGAGGGAACAGUGCAUAGCUCAGUGAUCUGCAAGAAGUGCUACAAGCUGCUGAACGAGGCGGACGAGAUAGAGGUGCGUCUGGCGGAGAUCCGCGCCGAGCUGCAGGACAGCUACAAGCGCACCCUCGUGCUGCAGGUGGAGGGGGGCAAGGCCUCGCUCGAGUUGGAUGCCGAGGGAGAAGACGGAGAGGAGCACGCCCGCGAGAAGCCCAGCAGUCGGAGCGACGAGGAGUACGAGCCAGGGGACAGUUCUGCGAUGUUGGAACCAGAGAUGACGACUCAAGUAGGCAGUGAAGACGAGUUGAACGUGGUGCCGGCUGCCCAGGACGGCGACAUGAUGGAGGCUGAGGGCGAGCUACACGUGAAGAUCAAGCUGGAGCCGGGAGAGAUUACCCACAUGAAGCAUUACAUUGGCCGACGGCCCAUGAUGAAGAAGAAAGCCAGGAUCACAGUGCACGAGGUGGAUCAGGAACAAGUGAUAAUGCGUGAAGGAAAUGAAUUUGCGUGUUUGUUGUGUACUGGGGAGGAAAAAGUUGUUGGAGACAUGAAGGGAAUAAGCACUCACAUGAAGACCGUCCACGGUAUCCGUGUAUACAUAUGUGACAUCUGCGGUCAGGACUUCCGGAAAAGGAAUGAACUCUCUCUCCACUUGGACGAUCAUGUCGCUGCAGAGGAAGGGGACUUUCAGUGCGAAGUUUGCAAUAGGAUAUUUAGUAACUUACGUUUGUUCCGUGUGCACAAGCGAAUGCACUAUCCGCAAGCAAAGUUAUGGACUUGUGAAACGUGCGGUAAGCGUUACAGCUCACGUAAUCUUCUAGACGAGCACAUAAAUACUCACUUGGGUGUUCGGCCGUAUAAGUGCAAACUCUGCAGCAAGGACUUUGCAUCUAAAUAUACAUUUAAAGCUCAUGCCAAAACCCACGAGGUAAGACCACGGCCUUUUGCUUGCAGCGAGUGUGGUAAAUCGUUUCUCAGCCAACAGAAUUUAAUGCAACAUGAACGUACCCAUAAUGGAAUGCGUAACUACGUGUGCGACCAGUGUGGGAAAGCGUUCGGCACAGCUCGCAAUCUAGAAGUCCAUAGUGUCGUACAUUCCGGUUACAAGCCUUUCAUAUGUCGAACCUGUGGAAAAGCUUUUGCCCGCAAGGCAGAAAUUAGGGACCAUGAACGCAUUCAUACCGGGGAGAAGCCUUAUCAGUGCGAGUUCUGUGGAGCUACUUUCAGUCAACGAAGCAACCUACAAUCACAUAAGCGAGCCACCCACUACCAGGAUAAGCGCUACAAGUGCAUGGAUUGCGGAAAAGGCUUCAAGCGCAGACGAUUGCUAGACUACCACGUGAAAGCUGCACACACCGGAGAGAGACCCUACAAGUGCCCCAUUUGUGAAGCGACCUUUGUGUAUCCGGAGCAUUUCAAAAAGCACCGUCGCAUCCACACCGGUGAGAAACCGUUCCUGUGCGAGGUGUGUGGCAAGGCAUUCAACAGCCGGGACAACCGCAACGCCCACCGCUUCGUGCACUCGGACAAGAAGCCGUACGAGUGCCUGGUGUGCGGCACUGGCUUCAUGCGCAAGCCGCUGCUGUACAACCACAUGCAGUCACAGGGGCACAUGAACGACACCAUUGUAGUGAACCAGCCCCGGCUGACCAACGAGGAUGACGUGCUGACGGCGGGCGACGAUGCCGGCGAGGUGGAGAUGACCAUCGUAGAGGGCUCGGCGGGCCACGACACAGACACCAAGCUGUACAUCGCGGAGCUGAAGGAGCACGUGCUGAUUCAGGAGGGAGAGGAGGAACACGUGUACUCGGAGAAGCUGGAGGCAGACGAGCACCUGAUUAUCGAUGGCCAGGUGCACUUCGCAGACCCCAGCGAGUUGGCGAGCCUGCACAGGGACGUGGGGUCCAUGGCCGAGAUCACCACCACUGCGGCGGCCGGCUACCCACAGCACCGUGGAGCUGAGGGCCGUCACGCGCUCGUGGUCCCCGCCACUCCCAACAUGCUCUCUGCAGGGGAGAUGGCGUACGAGGAGGGAGACGAUCAGGGUCAAGAGACCUCCAUCAUGACUCUGAGCUCGCCUCAGGCAAUCCAGACCGCAGGGGGGCCCGUGCACUUGGUGCAGAUCAGGAUACCCUCCGACCAGAAUGGCACCCGCAACUGGUUCAACGCCAUUGAUAGCUCGCAGUAAUGGGAAUGAUUCCUUAAAGUUAUUUUAUGAGAACCCCGUUCUUCUGGAAAACUUGCAUCCUUUAGAGUAAUUAUGUUCUUCAAAGAAUUUGCAGUUCUCAAGUUGUUAAGUUACUGUUGGGAACUUCGUGAUCAUUAUUCGGCUUGAUUCACCCAGUUUUCCAAUUAGAAAUAUUAAAACCUGGUAUUUUGUUUUCUUUUAUGAAAGAAAUGUUUGAUGUAUAAUAAUGUGCAGUGAUCAUUAUAAUGGUUUACCAUUAGAACAAACAACAUUGUUUUGUAAUGUUUUGUGUAAUUAUGUAAGUAGUCCAAGAAAAAAUUGAUUUGUUACAGUCAAAACUUUGCAUUGUAAACAAUUUUGUAAAAAGCUGUGUUAUGUAAAAGGUAUUGUGUUUGGGACUUUAUCACAUAGUGCUUUAUGAGUUUUUGUCAUUUUGAAUGCCUAUAAGCCCAUGGUAGUCUGAUACAAUAGUUAUGUAAGAUGUGAUAUAGUAAUUGCAUAUUUGUGUUGCAACAAACAUUUUUAGUGGUUACAAUGCAUUCCUUUUUGUAAGAAUAGGGUGGGAAUUAUUUUCAUCAUUAACAAUAUGUGCACCCUCAACAUUACUCAUCUCUAGCAUCAAGUUAAGAUAAAAGUUAUUAAAACUA